GCUUUAAAUAGUACGAGCGAUACUGCACCCGACCCGCAUAGUCGUAGUUUUUUUUCCUGGUGAGCCACGAAAUGGAGUCGCUGAGAUACAUUUGUUGGGCGUUUUGUCUGGCACAGUUUGCCUUCGUGAGCGGUCAUCCCGAGUUUGGCACUCCCUUCAAGGUCCCGCAGACGUCCGCCGUCAUUCAGGGCGCUAUGGAUGUGUCCCGCCUUUCUGCGUCGAUUGACGAUACGCUCAACAUAAUGAUGAGCGGGUUAAUACCCAACAGUGAAUCCAAACGAUUGCUGGUAGUCAACUUUGCUGACGAGUUUUCGCGAAAGUUGAAAGCCGUCGCGGAAGAGCUGCUAACCGCUACAAGUAGCAAUUCCAACGUGAAUGACACGCUGAAUGCAGUGUUAGAUAAGUAUGCGGAGCUGGUCACGUUUUACAACAGCAAAGGCGAUGCAUUCGUUUCGGAUGUUUCCUCCAAGGUGGGUCUGUACGUGAGCAGUGAGUUCUGGACCGCACUGGACUUUAUUGAAAGCGCUCUUCCCGAUGUAAAAGUUACGACGGACAUGUUGCGACAGGCUCUACUUAGUGUCUCCGCUGUAGGUGACGUUCCAGCAGGUCUGCUGCGACCGCUCGUGAAUGCAUUGAGAAACACGAAGGCACAUCUACCACUGCUGGUGUAUGUGUUCCAGCGUGUUGGAGUGAACUUCCAAAGGGCGGACACGUUCAUAGCUACCUUCAAGCAGGACGAACAGCCUCUGCCCGAUAAGUUCCAGCAGGACACAGCUACGUUCAACGGACGACUGUCAACGCUUGAAGCUGUUGUUGAGACAUCAUUUUUCACGGUUGAACAAUUGUUUAACGCUACCGGCACUCGACUGAGCAACGAGUUAAAGGGUGACGUAGAAGAUCAGAACAACUUCGUGAAGCUAAAAUCAGAUCUACUAUCGUUCACGACCACCCGUUCACUGUUUGUGAAGGAUCUGAAGCUAUCGAUUCAACUUGCAAGCUCAGGCAACAGACAAUCGAUCGCGAAUGGUGUAAGCCAGGUGUACUACUCGGAUAGCUCGCAAAAGGUGGGCUCUCCAGCAUUACAGCUCGCCCAGCAGCUCCUCGAAUCAAGCGCCAAUGCCGAGUUCUGCCAUAGCAAGUACGCUGCCCUAGUGACGGAUCUGCUUCCCUUGGGAAGGAUACGGUUGAACGAAUGUUUCGAUACGGAGCGACCAAGGUUGCAAAAGUUGGAAGAGCUAAUGGAAACGUACGCACUGAUGGUGUCGUACGACGUAGAGGACAUGUGGAAUAACUUGAAACCUUGCACGGCGGAAUAUGCCAAGUGUGACUGUCUCUCAAAGAUCACUUCAUUCUACAACAAGUUAAAGACAGCGCGUAAUACUGAUAAAUUGACCAGAGCUGCGAAUUUCUUCUUAUCGGCCCUGACUGCCAGUUUGAACCGGGUUGGACUAUGCUUUACGCGCGUGAAUUUCUUGACUUUCCUCAACCUAGUACCUAACUACAUAGAGGACGCCAAGCAGUGCGUUGGUGAAAAUUGAAGAGCUCGAGAGGAUGCCUUAAUUGAUUGUGCAGACAAAAAUGGUUUAAUAAAAUUGUUUUAUAAUGCAUGAA